GUUGCGCGGACAAAGUGAGGAGAAGAGAGGAUUAAUGUUAAAAGUCACCACAAUUACCCUCAUAAUACAACCGUCAUGGAGAUUAUGAACAACCGACGCGAGAGUUAAAGUCCCAAGAGGCUUGUAGUGUAGUAGAGAGGAGAUUAACCCGGGUAAGUUCAGUAAAGAGGAACAAGAUGGAGGACCCUGUGGAUUUUUUUGCAGUGGGGGAGAACCAGAUGGAGCUGUACUUGGAGUCAGACGAGGAAGAAGCCAGUCUCCUUGAGGAAAUGGAACGACAGGAAGCAUCACGGUUUGCAAAGUCGCCGUUGCCUGAAGGUCUCCUGCAGUUGAAGAGCGUAUUUGCCAAUAUGCCGGAGAACUACGAGUCGACAGGCUUCUCUUCGGGUGAUAUGGAAAUGCACGGAAAUAAUUUUGCCGGGAUCCCAAAAGAAAAUUAUGAAUCGGUCCAGGGGAAGUCAGCUGAUGGAGAGAAUGAAACUGCUAAUGUAAAAGAAGACUUAAUGAAUAAGGAACCAGAUGAGGAAAGUGAAGAAGUUAAUGUAGAAGACUUGAUAUUUGAACAGUCAGAUGAUGAAAGUGAAGAAGUUAAUGUAGAAGACUUGACAAAUGAACAGUCAGAUGAUGAAAGUGAAGAUGUUAAUGUAGAAGACUUGAUAAAUGAACAGCCAGAUGAUGAGAGUGAAAAAGUUAAUGCAAAAGACUUUAUGAAUGAGCUGCCAGACAGUGCUUUCGGUAAAGAGACACACCAAGAUGGGGUCACUGGUUGGCAGUCGGAUAAUUCAGUAUUUUCGAGUACAGAGAACACUGUGACGGCAACACAAGGAAAUGCAGAUGGUGUAUUUGAUGGACCUUUAACAGAAUAUACUAUUGAUGGAAUUCAGAUCUUAAGACUAGACAUGUCUGCAAGUGAACUUCUGUUUGCCAAGACAGCUGCAGCUCUGAGGCCCCAGUUUAACCUGCCACAGCAAGAAAAUACUAACACAGGCACCAAGCACAAGACUAAACAGAAAAAUAAAAAAUCGGUAAAAAAUAAGGAAAAGCAAACUGUUAGUAAGAUGUCAAAGGCUGCAGUAGUAAAGGAAAAGCGAUCCAUCGACACUGAGGAAUCAAGACCUCCUGCCAAGAAGAGGAAAUUAUUUUCAUUCCCUGAUCAGGCUGUAGGGAAGAGAGCCGUCAUCUUCAGCUGCACUCAUUGUAACUUUAGAUGUGCAUUUGAAAGAGAAUAUAUUGACAAGAUAGUGGCACACCUCACUCCCAGAGCAAGAUUUAAUCAACUGCAAGAUGUCCCAGAAAAAUUACUGGGUUGGAAGGAGUCUGUUAAGCUGAAUGUAUUGGUUGCUAAGAACAAGGCCAAAGCACAGGUACGCCUCUUGAGUCGUAUAGAGUGUGCGUCCUGCAAAAAUCAAUUUUGUUUGGAUGUGGACACCUGUGACAAACUUGCAGUGCACCAUAACUGGUGUGGGAAGUCACCUGGUGAUAAAAAUUAUUGUGAAUGCAUUUACUGUAAAGAGAACAUCCACCGAUUUACUAUUAAAAGACAUCUCUGUGAACAGAGCAAAAAGGCAUGUCAAAAGUUUGUACCCGUAACUCUUCAGCUCAUGUCGGCUGUGUGUAAGGAGUACGCCGAAGAGCACCGACCAGUGUGUAUUGUGUGCAACGAGCAACGCUGGCCGUUCAUCGGUCACAGAGCAGAGUUGAACCCUGUUUGUGAACCCUGCAGAGUCAACAUCACCAGUGGUAAAACGACCAAGUUAACACCUCGGGAUAUGGCAGGUUGUGCCAUAUGUAGCUCACAAUGUUCUAAGAAAUUUGUAACUUAUUGGGCUAGUGAAAUGGAGACCCUAUUUAUUGGUGAAAAUUGUAUAAAAAAGUUAAGAAAUCCAGUAACGAAAAGGGUUAUUACAAUUGCAGAUAAUAAAGAACAUAAGAUUAGGGGACUUGUAGAAAUGGCUAUAUCAUCCAGUCAAAUAUCUGGAAACUUAAUGAAGAAUCCAAUUGACAAUUCAUCCUCAAAGUUUGUCGUAAGCUUGAAGAAAUGCAUUGACACUAAUUUAAAUCAGUCUUCUGCAAACAGUGUGGGAAAAAAGUCAAGGGAAAACAAAACAUCUAAUGUACGUGAAACGAAAACCUCGGAAACAAAGACUAGGUUUCCCGUUCCCAAGAAAGUUACCGAUGGACAUUUUGUUCCAAUUACGGGAUCUUUUCGGAUAACGAAUGGUGGCAAUCCUUUACCAUUUGCAACAUUGGCAACUGUUGCAGAUGACACUACCGAGAUUUCCCAAGGUUUGAACGGUGGUAAAGGCUUAUUCCAGAAUGGUGAACCAUAUACUCUUCUCUUGCCCAAUGAUACUUCAAACCUGCUGUUGAGAAGUUCCUUGCCAUCUGUGGCCAAAAAUGCUGUAGACAACCCAAAAACAGUUUUCAGGGCCCAUGAAUCUUCCUCAGUCGUGUCUGAGUGUGUGAGUGAUAAAGCACCUGAAGCGGACACAACUAACUAUAAAGAAAAUACUGGAGAGGAAGAGAAGAUUACCAGAAUUAUCGUGAGCAGCAGACCUGAAGCUGGAGGUAGUGUCCUGUCAAGUGUUUCUCCUAAUCAGCUUAACUAUAAAUCUUGGUUCCAGGUCAACAGCACAAAACCUUCACCUUUGAAAUAUAUUGUAAAGUUACAGAAUAAUUCAGUGAAUACAGUGCCAGACGAAAGCAAACACCAGCAAAGUGAAACAAAAUCGAAUCACAUAAUUAUCAGAACUUCAUCAAGUGGUCCUCAAAGGGCAAAGAGUUCAGUAAGUACCAGUACACCAAGGAUAGCCAAGGUAAUUAAAUAUUCUAAUAGUGUUUUCAGUAGUAACAUGAAGCAAAAUGAUUUGAGUAAAACCUGGAAAAGCACUUCUAGAAUAAAACAAGAUGCAGAUGUAGUGACUUUGGACUAACGACAAGAAAUCAAUGUCUUUUAUGAAAUUUUCAAUCUGAUUUACUUUCGAUUGACCUUUUUAAAGGUAAUUACACUUUAUAAUUGAUUUUAGGCUUGGCUGACUGUUAAAGGUUAAGUAUUUGUGAAAACUCGGCUAUCUUAGGACCUUUGAAUUUUUUUUUACUAAAACUGAUUAGAAACUACAGUACAGUACUGUAUAUACUGUAGGGUUGAUCUCACCACAAACCCUCUACUACAGUAUGUACAGUACUUCACGCUGGGAGUCACUCUUAACACAUGUGCUUCUUGACCUGCAUAGGCUACUAAUUUUCAGGAGAUUGAGGGUUUUAGCAGUUCAUAAGGAUUAUUCUUUACUACAGUAAUAUCUCUGCUAGCAGGAACCCCUCAAACCAGGAACUCUCCGAUUGUCGAAAUUGAAAUUUCUGAGAAAAUUUUCCUGAUACCCGGGUUCAAGAGAUGAUGUUAUGGGCAAUUUCUGGAACUGGCGAGAAAAUUUUUCCUUUACCCGGAAUAUUUCAGAAGAUUCCGGGGAUGAGGGAUAUUUUUCCGUGUUUGAGAGAUAGUGUAAUGGGCAAUUUCUAGAACUUUCGAGAAAUUUUUUCCGUUACCUGGAAAAUUCCGGGGAUGAGGGAUUUUUUUCCAUCUUUGAGAGAGUUGUCUCGUUACCCAGAAAUCUCUCGUUCCCGGAAGAGCUCUGCACUAAUUAUUCCGGCUAAUGGAAAUAUCACUGUAUUUGCUCUUCUAUCAGAUGGCGAGUCACACUAACACUUGCACCUUCCUCAAAUUUCUAAUUGGCAUGAGAUUUUUGACCUGCCUUACCUUAGCACCAAGCAAUAAAUAGGAGAAUGAUCCUGAAAUCCCAUUUUAUGGAUGACCUUGAAUCGGUCAACACAUCUUCCUCCCUGUGGCUGCUGAGAUAAGCUGGAACUGAAGCCUCAACCUGCAAAAUAAUGCUUUUCAGCAAUUAUGUCAAGUGAGGGCCAAGAAGCACAUGCGUUAGUGCCAAGGUGAACACUUCAAACCUUCAGCCUAUGGUGGUAGUAGCUCUUAUCUUCAACACUCCUACAUAAUCAGAGAUGGGUUACAAUGGGAAGGUCAGCAAGGUUUCGAGUUAGUUCCGGUGAAUGCUGUCGGGAAUCCUUGGUUUUCAACCAGAGGUUUGCGUGGCUGUACUGUAUUUGUGCCAACCAAUCCAAAUGUGACUAUUAAAUGGAAUAUCACAAUCUCUCCUCAUUUAGACAAAUUUAUUGUACAAAUUAUAUGAUAGUAAUGUCUUGUUUUAUGACAGUAACUUUUGUAAGAAUUAUGAACGAAUUACCAUGUCUGAUUGUUAUACAGUACUUGAAUGUCAUAUUUAAGACCCAAAUACCGUAGUAGAUUUUUAUACUUCAAUAUUAUCUUCUUAAACUCAAAACUGUCAGGUACAGUAAUUACAGUACAGCUCCUCCCCGACUUACAAUGGGGUUAGGGACCCAAAUCCAGGUCGUAAGUCGAAAAUGCUUAAAUAAUACAUAGGAAAUCUAAAAUAGGUCUCUUUUUCU